AUGAUGUUCGUAGAUUCUGGUGAUGACAUGAUAACUGUAGUUCAUGAUGGAUACAGUGAUGAAGUUCAUGUAGGAGAUAGUGAUGAAGUUCAUGUAGGAUAUAGUGAUGAAGUUCAUGUAGGAUAUAGUGAUGAAGUUCAUGAUGGAUACAGUGAUGAAGUUCAUAUAGGAUAUAGUGAUGAAGUUCAUGUAGGAUACAGUGAUGAAGUUCAUGUAGGAUAUAGUGAUGAAGUUCGUGUAGGAUAUAGUGAUGAAGUUCAUGUAGGAUAUAGUGAUGAAGUUCAUGUAGGAUAUAGUGAUGAAGUUCAUGUAGGAUAUAGUGAUGAAGUUCAUGUAGGAUACAGUGAUGAAGUUCAUGUAGGAGAUAGUGAUGAAGUUCAUGUAGGAUAUAGUGAUGAAGUUCAUGUAGGAUAUAGUGAUGAAGUUCAUGAUGGAUACAGUGAUGAAGUUCAUGUAGGAUAUAGUGAUGAAGUUCAUGUAGGAUACAGUGAUGAAGUUCAUGAUGGAUAUAGUGAAGUUCAUGUAGGAUAUAGUGAUGAAGUUCAUGUAGGAUAUAGUGAUGAAGUUCAUGAUGGAUAUAGUGAUGAAGUUCAUGUAGGAUAUAGUGAUGAAGUUCAUGAUGGAUAUAGUGAUGAAGGCCAUGUAGGAUAUAGUGAUGAAGUUCAUAUAGGAUAUAGUGAUGAAGUUCAUGAUGGAUAUAGUGAUGAAGGCCAUGUAGGAUAUAGUGAUGAAGUUCAUGUAGGAUAUAGUGAUGAAGUGAUGCUCGUAGGGAUGAGAUGA